CCAGCGACCAUCGCAUGGAAAGAUCUCACCUACGACGUCAAGCUCACCCGCUCAAACCCUCAGACCGGAAAGAAAGAAACUAUAGACAAGCGCAUCCUCGACGGCCUCUCCGGCAUCGUCCGGCCCGGGGAGAUGCUCGCCAUCUGCGGGCCCUCGGGAGGCGGCAAGACCACCCUGCUCGACGCCAUCGCCGGGAGGAUCGACCCCCACCGCAAGGGCAGGAAGUUCACCGGCGACGUGCUGGUGAACGGGAAGCCCAGAGACGAGACGUUCAGCAUGGUGGCGUCGUACGUGCAGCAGGAGCAUGCGCUGCAGACGCCCUUCACGGUCAGAGAGACGAUGCGAUACGCGGCCGACCUUCUCAUCCCGCACGCGGAGAGCACGCAGGCAGAGAGGAGAGCAAGAGCAGACAAUGUGACGCAUGUGCUGGGGCUGGACUCAUGCAGCAACACCAUCGUAGGAGACGUGUUCCGCAAGGGGCUGAGCGGAGGGCAGCUCCGCCGCCUGUCGAUUGCGGUGGAGCUGGUGCGGAACCCCUCCAUCCUCCUGCUGGACGAGCCGACGUCAGGCCUCGACUCGGCGGCGGCAGAGAACAUCAUGAAACACUUGUCGCACCUGGCCAAGACUGGCACCACCAUUAUUUGCACUAUCCACCAGCCUCCGUCAGAGGUGUGGGCGAACUUCGACAAGUUCCUCCUGCUGUCUAGGGGCAAGUGCCUCUACUUCGGGGCGGCAAACAACGCGGUGGACUACUUCGAGAGGAUGGAGUAUCCGUGCCCGGGGCAGUCGAACCCGGCAGACUUCUUCCUGAGGCUGGCCAACACGGACUUCGAGGGUCACGCGGACAUCGAGGCGCUUGCAAAAGGCUUCAAAACUCAGCCUGAAGGCAUGGCUUUGUCCUCUGCGCUUAGCAAGCCGAUCGAUCAUGACGUUCAUAUCAGCAAGCACAGGAAUGGCUUCAUGACGCAGCUCCUGAUCUUGUCUCAUCGCGCCUUCUUCAACAACGCGCGUAACCCGGGUAUCUUCCUCGUCCGACUCAUCAUGUACAUUCUUCUUUGCCUCAUGAUCGGUUUCAUGUUCUGGGACCUCGGCACAGGCCCCACGGACAUCAACAGCCGUGUCAGCUUGCUCUUCUUUGUCGCGGCUUUCCUGGUGUUCAUGUCGGUGGCGGUGCUGCCCUUCUUCAUCGUGGAGCGAGCUGUGUUCCUACGCGAGCGAGCCAACGGCUGGUACAUGGUGCCGGCCUACGUGCUGGCUUCGUUCCUCAUGUCGUUGCCGGGGUUGUUCAUCAUCGCAUUGGUCAGCUCAAUCCUUGUUGUGUUUCCUGCCGGUCUCAAUAACUUCGGGGUGUUUCUGCUCGACCUCUUCCUAUCUCUCGUCACCGCGGAGGCGUUCAUGUGUGUCAUAGCAUCGGUGGUACCUCACUACAUCAUCGGGAUCGCGCUGGGAGCAGCGGUGUACGGCUUCUUCAUGUUGUGCGAGGGCUUCAUGAAGAUCAAGGACGACAUCCCAGAUUGGUUCAUCUGGGGGUACUACAUUGCGUUCCAUUCAUACUCUUUCAGAGCGUUCAUGGUGAACGAGUUCGACUCUAUUCCCACGUUUACGAGCCCUCAAUUCCCAGACGGCAAGUCAGUGCUAGCCUUUUACAAUAUGAACGACAAGCCCGUAUGGAAGGACCUGCUCGUAGUUGGAUCGUAUGCCAUCGCCCUCCAGAUCAUAUUCGGGACUAUCCUGCAGGUGUUCCACAAGGGCAAGCGGUAA